CUUUUUUAUUACUAAUGACAUUGAUCACUUCUGUCAAGGAUUAUAUCAAACGACACAGAAAGGGAAUCUUUAUUACUACUGCUAUUGCAGGAGGAAGUUACCUUGCUGGUAAAUAUGCUGCAGCAAAAAUAAGAGAUAUGCAAGAAAAAGCAACAGCCGAGAGACUGGCCAAAGAAAAUCUAAAACGUCGAUUCCAACAAAAUCAAAAUGACUGUGUAUUCACUGUCUUGUCACUCUUGCCUACUUUGGGUCAGCAAAUACUAGACGAGCUGAAUAUUGAAGCUGAAUGGGCAAAACUUCAGAAAUCAAGAGAUUUAGAAAAAGUGGAAAAGAAGCUAAAGGAAGAAAGAGAAAUGGCAUACGUGAUCAAGGAGGAAAAGGAGAUAGAUCAACAAGAGGAAGGCGCAAGUAGCACCUUGGACUCUAGUAUUGUUAGUUUAUCUACCUCUGAACACUCGGAGGAUAGUAACGCGACUCUUCCACCGGGUAUUUUGGAUAAAAAACAAAAACAAUUGAUCUGGGAAGACAUAAAGCUAAAGAGCUUCAUACGCACAUUUACGUCUAUUUACUCAAUCACUUUUCUUACCUUGCUCACACAUAUUCAAUUGAAUCUCCUUGGUCGGUUUACAUACAUGUGGUCUGUCUCUGUCUUGAACAAGAGUGAGCCUACCAUACGCUUGCAACAAGAAGGACAGCAGGCAGAUGCGGGCUAUCUUAAUCCUCAGACUGAACAUAUGUUCUUGAGCGCAUCUUGGUGGUUGAUCCAUCGUGGAUGGAAGCAGUGUGCUAAAAGAGUUGAGGAAGCCGUGGAUGAGGUCGUCUCUGGUAUUUCUCUUAAACAAUCCUUCAACUACCAUGACGCAGAUGAAUUAGUACAAAAGCUUAGAAAGCGCAUUGAGUAUGACCAGAAUGAUGAACCUAUUAGCUAUCGUACUUGGAUGUUGCCAGAGACGGAAGAGGAAGAAGUGGAAUACCUCACUCAGACAGGGUUUGGAGACAAUGUUCAUCAACAGGAGACAUCUACCAUCACUUUACGUAAAUUAUUGGAUGAGACAAAGGAUUAUAUCGAUAGCUCUGACUUUCAUCAAGUGUUGAACAGUUGCUUAAAUGAAGUAUUUGCUAUAUUUGAUCAUCAUGCAUUUGUAAAGUCACUCUUGCCUGAUUUGGAACCUACUGUUCCCAGCAUACAAGAAGUUUCGCAAGAACAAGAAACACAACCUCAAGAGAAAUCAUUGACACUUGCUAAACUAUUACCUAUCAUCAGUCGUCAAGCUCACUUGGUUAUUGCUGGAAAUGAAUAUCUUAAUGCAUUUGCUUAUAUUAAAGAACUUCAAGCGUUCUCAGCAGUGAUUUAUACCCAAUAUGACUCAGAAAUGGAUGCAUGAAAAGGUUCAAAGAAAAUCAAUAGUCGCAGGCGGUAACCUAUCUGGAGAUUCGUGUUUUUGUCCAGAUGAUGAAUUCGUUCGUAUAUAAAACGCAUUAGCUUUUUAGACCCAUUAUUUAAUUUAUUAUUUUGAGUUACAAUCAAUACUAACGUAAGAGUACAGUGGAUAGUAGUUGUUAUGAUACUACUUCUCUAGAGAUAAGGGAUGUCGACCUGUUUGAUAUUUCUUUAUCAGUGGCUUCUGCACUAUUUAAAGAUAUCUUGUGCCACAACUCUAUUUUUUUUUUUUUCGCACAAAAGAUUUCUAGACAAAGCAUGGCUUCUAUUUUUAUCAGUAAUAGGGCUUCAGUAUGAGUGGGGGUACGACUUUGUUUUUGGGGAGUGAUUUAGCCGUAAAAAUCAAGUUAACUUGCACGAGUUUAGACAAAAUGCAUACAGUUGUACAGGCUUAAAUUGAUCCCUC